AUGGCGGAGACGUCGGUGUAUGAGCUCGCGCGCAUGACGCAUGAAGAGAUCGAGCAGUACGAGGAUGCUUUGGUAGAUACACUCAUUAGCCCGCCGUACUCUUCCUCGCAGCGCCUCCGUGUGCAAUGGCAGCUGGUCGCAUCGCAGCUGCUGGACAAAAUUGUGCGUCGGUAUGAGUCGCUGAGCGAGAUGUACGCAGACCACGACCAGGAGCGCGAGAGAGAGUGGGAGAAACUGGGGCGCCAGGAGGAUGGCGAUAAUGAGAACGGUCCGUUCGCUGCAUUCUACGCGCGGCUCCAGAAGCUGCAUGAUUACUACCGGCGGUACCCCGAGAAUGCUGUCGUGCCGCAAACAUCGGCGACGCCGUCGAUGUUUGCGACGGGCGACGUGCUCAUGUCGGAUUUAAGUACGCUGGAGCGCGAGUUCAGCGGCGAGGAAAUGGGCGGCCGGUUCCUGGACCUGUACAUCCAGUACGAAAUGUUUAUCAACCUCAAGGGUGUCCAGCGUAUUGGCUACCUGGACUAUCUCGCGCGCCUCGACCAGACGCUUGGCGAAAGUGUGGGGAUAAGUAUGUCGACGAAGCGUACAGAGGCGUACAGUGCAUACCUCAGCAGCCUGCGGCACUAUCUCUCCAGUUUCCUGCACAAGACGCGCCCACUGGAGGAUAUGGAUGCUGUUGAGAUCAAAGCCGUCGAGCAUUUCGAGCAUGACUGGGAGCGUGGCCGUGUGCCUGGCUGGGAGCGCCGCGAAGAGAAUCUGUACGGCGCUACCUCGGCGGCGAGCGCUGCAGAAGGCAUUUGGUGCGACGUGUGCCAGCGCAGCUAUGCGAAGCAGACCGUGUAUGACGCACACUUGCAAUCCGCACGGCACCGAAAACUUAAGGAUGCAGUCGAGCGCGGCGAGCGAGUGGCGGCGCGGGAGCAGGGCCAGCCCCACGCAAGCCCGUUUGAGCAGGCGAAGCGCAUUGCGCGCGCAAAAGCCAUGGCGCGCGAUGAGGUGCUUGUCCAGGCACUUGCCACGGUGCUUGCACCAGUGCGCGAUGAUACAUGCGCCAAUGUAGAGCGCAAAGCCGCGCUGACGGACCGUGAGCGCCAGGAAGAAGCGGACGCGAUCGAGGCGGAGAAUGAGGAGGCGCUUGCGACGGGCGGUAUGGGCUACGAACAGGUGAUUGAACGGGAGAUGCGCGAGCCGAGCCAGCGCACGUACAACCCCCUAAAGCUGCCCCUGGGAUGGGAUGGCAAGCCGAUUCCUUUUUGGAUGUACAAGCUGCACGGCCUCUCGGUGGAGUUCAAGUGCGAGAUCUGCUCGGACCACGUAUACCGUGGCCGCAAGAUCUUUGAGAAGCAUUUCCAGGAAGCACGGCAUUCGUUUGGCAUGCGCGCCCUCGGCAUCCCCAACCUGCCGCAAUUCCGCGACGUGACCAGAAUCCAGGAUGCGUACGCAUUGUGGGACAAAAUCAAUAAGCUGGAAAAGAAAGGGACGAUCGACGAUGGUGAUACAGAGGAAAUUGAGGAUGAGCAUGGCAAUGCAUAUACCCGGAAGACGUACGAGCUUCUCAAGCGGCAGGGCCUGCUUUAG